AUGAGACAUCGGGAUAUAUUAUAUGCGAAAUUAAAAAAUCAACCAUUUAACAUUAAAUUGCAAGAGAUUUAUAAAAAGUACAGGAAUCUACUAAAUGUAACCAUAAAAAUAGCAAAAGACGUAUAUUUUUAUAAACAAAUUUCUAAUGUUAAAGGUAAUACUAAAAAAAUAUGGGAAUUUAUAAAUGAAGCCUUAGAUAAUAAAUCUAAUAAAACUAACUUUAUACCAACAAUCCUAAAUCGUCAAAAUCAAAUUGUAACAGAUAAUAUUAGUAUUGCAAAUGAGUUCAAUUCUUUUUUCGUGUCUAUAGGUACAAAUAUUUCGAAUAAAUUGAAAUCACAUCUAAACAUAAGAAAAUUUACAUUUUUAAAUGAUAUUCCAGUAAAUGAUAAAAGUAUAUUCCUAAACCCUAUUUCAACUGAUAAAAUUAAAAAAUAUAUAUUAAAUAUUAAACCAGCAUGUUCAUUCAAUAGGUGGGAAUUAACAAACACGAUUUUAAAAGCUAUUACUGUUAAUAUUCUUACACCAUUACAAUAUAUUUUUAAUCUAGUUCUUACUACUGGUGUUUUUCCACAUUCAUUCAAAAAUACGAUCAUUUUCCCGUUACACAAGAAGUUAAAUAAAAGUGAUUGUACAAACUAUCGACCAAUAGCACUUACAAUUACACUAUCCAAAGUCUUAGAAAAGUGCAUCAAAGAUAGGCUUUACAACUUCUUAGAAACAUGUUCGAUAUUUUCCUGUAACCAAUUUGGUUUCAGGAGAAACAAAGGUACCGAUAAAGAUUUAAUGACUGUAAUUAGUCACAUUUAUAACAAACUAGAUAUGAAUAGAGCAGUAAUAGGACUUUUUCUAGAUGUUAAAAAAGCUUUAGAUUCUGUUGACCAUUCAAUAUUGCUAGCCAAAUUAGAAAAAUACGGUAUCAGGGGCAAUGCAAAUAAACUUAUAUGUAAUUUUCUAGAAAAUCGUAUUCAACAAGUAAGAGUAAAUGACAGUUUAAGCGAUUAUCUGAUAUCAAAUCAUGGAAUACCACAAGGUACUGUAUUGGGUCCUCUUCUUUUUAUUGUUUAUAUUAAUGACUUAUUGAAUAUUAAGUGUAACGGAUCAAUUUUCAGUUUUGCUGAUGACACCUCAAUUAUUAUAGAUGACAUAAAUAAAAAUCAUAUUCAGAGUAAAUCGACGCAUGUAUUAAGUAUCGUCAAAACAUGGUUUGAUAAUAACCUCCUAGAACUAAAUUUAACAAAAACUUGCUUUAUGAACUUUAGUAUAAAUAAAUUGGUAUCCACUGGAAAAAAUUAUCUUAAGGCGCACCUCAUAAAUUGUAACGAAUUUAAUAUAAAUACAAUGUCUGCUAUUAGUAAUGACAGUAAGUGUAAUUGCACUUAUAUUUCUUCAGUACAACAAGUAAAAUAUCUAGGUAUUACUAUAGAUGCUAACCUUAAAUGGCAAAACCAUAUAAUUAAUACAAAUAGAAAGCUCAGACUGUUGUUCUAUAAAUUUAAAACUAUCAGCAACAUACUAUCACCAAUCACAAUGAGAAUGGUAUUCGUAUUGGGAGUUGGGGUGGUGCAUACGAUAUAUAUCUAA